CUUCUUCUCCUUCUCGACUCUUCCUCCCGACAGCCCCCUCCAAGCCCCUCUAGCCACCAACUCAAUUCUUUGAGAAAAUUGGUGACCAAACUUGGGAUUUUCUCCUUCUUUUCUUGAUAAGUAACGAGAUUUGGGGCUUAGAAUCUUCCCUCUCAACCCAGAAAUCCCGGAUCUGCUCUGCUUCUUCCUCCCUUGUCCGUCUGGUUCUACUGGGUUUGAAUCCUUCGGCUUUUUCUGUUUGCCGUGAGUUUCCCCCCUGGAUCCCGUCGGCUUCCUCACCAGCCAAGCUCAGGUUCUGCUGGCUGGAAUUCUGGUUUCCGAUCGUUCAGUCAGUUAGCACUGAGAUUGAGUGCUCGAUUUUAUGCGAGUGAAAUUGAUUGUGAAAUUCGGGUUUUUCUGUAAACUCUGCAUGGUUUUGUCUCGGAUAUAGUCAUGAUUACUGAUUACUGUGCCCGCUAGUGGGAGGUUUAUAAACGCUAGCACAUGUCGACAUGUAUUUCUGUAGAACCGGUUCACCCUACCAAUGGGGUUAAACAUUGGUAAUUACUGUCGCCUGCCAGUGGGAGUUGUAAACACUGGCACCAUUACUGACGCCUGCCAGUGGGAGUUGUUAAGCACUGGCACUUUUGUAACCUUGCCUAUGGGGUUAAACAUUGGCAACUACUAUGCCCGCCAGUGGGAGGUUUAUAAACGCUGGCCAUGACUUAUAGAUGAGACUACUGAACUGAGUUUUCUUCUGCAUUGACGGUUUGUCAUGAAACGUUUUGUUAUUGAACUGAAUCUGAUUUUGCAUUGACGAGUUGUCAUUGAAUGCUUUGCAAUUAACUGAAUUUGAUUUUGUCACUGAGCGUUUUGGUUAUAUUAAACUGUUUAUCUGGCGUGCUUAAAAGUUUUACCCAAGGGCUAUCCAUAUUUACUUGCUGAGUUAUCUCAUAGUUUUCCUUGUCCACCAUUUCAGGAAACGAAACUGAGGACGGGGAAACCAAGGGGAGUGACGAGUUAGAAGGCUAGCCACUUGUAAUUGAUUUGAGUUAUUGGAUGGUCAGAUGUGAUUUGGAUAAGUUCCGAGCCUUGUGCAUUUGUGGGACCCUCUCACGAGUGCACGGCGUUUGUCGCGCCUCGGAUUCGGGUUCUGGGGCGUGACAGUUAAUAUUAGGGUUUUAUUAGAACUAAAAUUGGAUUAAAACUAUCAACUGUCAAACAAAAGGAAACUGCCUCAGAUAUGGAGCACCCAUUAUCCAUAUAUGGUGGGAGAGGGCCAAUAAUCACGAAGAAAGGAUGCUAGCAUUGAAGAAAAGGAAAACAGAAGGAAAACCAACACACACACAGAUGGCCUACCCCUGUAGAAAAAUUGGCCACCGUGUAUGCAUUUUGAAUUUUUAGACUUUUUCUUCCAAAUUUCAGCGUAAUUUCCAUAUUAGAAUGCAAGAUCCAUUUUUGUUCAUAGCUUUAGUUUAGGUUUUUCCAUCCUUGUUUGUAUUUUCCUUCAAAGAUUGCAACUUUUGUUAAUUUUUAUGGACUUGGAAGCAAUUUAGCCUUGUAAAUGGGUCUACCUCAUUGAUUCUGAAUCUUUUUAUUCUCCAUAGUCCUCUUCUUUGGAUGUAUUAGCAUUAACCUCAACUUUUGUAACGCCUUCUGAAUGUAGUUGAAGUGAUUGGUUUGCACUUACAUUUCUAGCCAAUGAAGAGCCUUGCAUUAU